AGGGCAGCGCACGACGGGCACAGUCGAGAAGAUGAGCCUCAGCGACAAGGUGGUGAUUGUGACGGGCGCCAGCAGUGGCAUUGGUGCGGCCAUUGCACAGGUGAUGGCCCGUGAGAGAGCGCAUCUGUCGCUGGUUGGACGCAACGUGACCAAUUUGGAGGCAACGCGCGCCACACUGCAGCAGCAGCACAAGGGCAUCCAGGCACUGACUGUCGUCGCUGAUGUUACCAAGGAUACGGAUGCGAUUAUACAGCAGACACUGAAGCAAUUCGGACGCAUCGAUGUCCUGGUCAAUAAUGCUGGCAUCCUGAGCACCGGUCCGCUCAUCGAUCUGGACAUUGAUGAAUUCGAUACGGUACUCAAUACGAAUCUGCGCGCCAUUGUGCUGCUAACCAAGGCGGCAGUGCCGCAUCUGCUCAAGACGAAGGGCGCUGUGGUCAAUGUGAGCAGCUGUGCUGGCAUUUGUCACUUCGCUGACUCACUCACCUAUGGCAUAUCGAAGGCGGCACUGGAUCAAUUUACAAAAAUUGUCUCAUUGGAGCUGGCGCCGCAGGGUGUGCGUGUGAAUUCGGUAAAUCCCGGUUUUGUGGUCACCAAUAUACACAAUCGCAUUGGCAUUGUGGAUGAGGAAUAUAAAAAGGUGCAUGAACGUGCCGUCAAUUCCCAUCCAUUGGGCCGUGUCGGCGAUGUCUUUGAAGUGGCCGAGGCCGUUGCGUUUCUGGCCAGCUCGAAGGCCAGCUUCACCACCGGCGCCCUGCUGCCCGUCGAUGGUGGCAAGCAUAAUUUUACGCCACGUUAAGUGACACCAAGUAUUCCCAGUUGCCCCGAGGUCACACUUUCAAUAUUAUUAUUAUAAUUUUGUUUUUUUCCUAUUUUUAAGCGAAAAUACAUGCUAAAAGCGAAUUCUAUUCGAAAUUUAAAA